UAAAGGGACUCCUCCUAACACCAAGAAGUCAAGAGAAGGAGGCGAAGGAACCAAGAGAAUAUCGAAUCCAUCGGGUUUCUCUGCGCCGAGUGACGCUGAUAUAGAUACAAACGGAGAGAGAAUAUUUAUUACAAGGCUUUAGAUCUGAUUCUGUGCUUGUCACUGACAUGGUUGGCGAGUGAUGGCGGUACAUAUGGAAAAAAUGUCUGAUUCUUCUGCAUCGGAGAUUGCUCAACGUUUAUAUGAUAAGAAUGUUGAGUUGGAGAAUAAGCGCCGCAGGUCAGCACAAGCGAAAGUCCCCUCUGAUCCAAAUUCAUGGCAACAAAUGCGCGAGAAUUAUGAGGCUAUAAUUUUGGAGGAUCAUGCAUUUUCUGAACAGAAGAACAUUGAAUAUGCUCUAUGGCACUUGCACUAUCGCCGUAUCGAGGAAUUUAGAGCCCAUAUUAAUGCUGCACAAGCUUCCAAUGCUUCUACCACAUCCCAGGGAGUAAAGGUCCCACCACGACCUGACCGCACAGCUAAAAUCCGUGUGCAAUUUAAAACAUUCCUUUCAGAGGCUACUGGAUUUUAUCAUGAUUUGAUUCUUAAAAUUCGAUCAAAAUAUGGUCUUCCUCUUGGUGUCUUUUCUGAUGAAUCUGAGAAUUCAAGUUCCAUUGAAAAAGAUAGGAAGAGAUCUGCUGAAAUGAAAAAAGGCAUAAUUUCAUGUCACCGUUGUUUGAUAUACUUGGGUGACCUUGCACGUUACAAAGGACUAUAUGGAGAGAGUGAUUGUAAAGCUCGAGAUUAUGCCGCUGCUUCCAGCUAUUACUUACAAGCAUUAUCUAUCUUGCCAUCAAGUGGAAAUCCUCACCACCAGCUUGCUAUAUUGGCUACAUAUUCUGGAGAUGAGUUGCUUGCUGUUUAUCGUUAUUUCCGGAGUCUAACAGUGGAUUUUCCCUUUACAACUGCGAGGGAGAAUCUAAUUGUUGCCUUUGAGAAGAAUCGUCAGAAUUAUUCUCAGCUGCUUGCAAAUGGCAAGACUGUCACCAAUGGAUCGCCUAUUCGAAGGACUAAUAAAGGAAAAGUGAAAAUGGAAAUGAAACCCAAUGCCAAUGUCAAAGCUGAUGCUAGUAUUUCUAAAGAGAAGGGGACAUGUUCCCGUGAAAUAUGUAAAACCUUCACUACGCGUUUCGUGCGUCUAAACGGUAUCCUGUUUACCCGAACAAGUUUGGAGACAUUCCCUGAAGUUCUCUCAGAAGUCAGCAAUGAUCUGAACAAACUUCUUUCAACUGGUGCAGAAGAGGUGCUGGAUUUUGGCGUAGAUACUUCUGAGAACGAAGGCUUUAUUAUUCGUCUUGUUUCCAUUCUUAUAUCAACUGUGCAUAAUGUUACUCGGGAGGGUGAAGGGCAGACCUACGCAGAUAUUUUGCAACGGACUGUUUUGCUUCAGAAUGCACUUACUGCAGUUUUUGAGUUACUGGGGCAUGUGUUAAAUAGAUGCACACAACUGCUUGAUCCUUGUUCGAGUUGCCUUCUACCUGGCAUCCUAGUUUAUGUGGAAUGGUUGGCUUCUUGUCCUGAUGUUGCGGCAAGUAGUGACCUGGACAAAAAGCAAGCGUCUGCAAGAUCAGUUUUCUGGAAUCAUUGUGUCUCCUUUUUAAAUAAGUUGUCUGCCGGUAUGGUGGAUAUGGAUGAUGAAGACGAUAGUUGUUUUUCCAAGACAAAUAAAUACAAGGAAGGAGAUAAUGAAACCCGUCUUGCUUUGUGUGAAGAUGUCGAGUUGAGAGGCUUUUUGCCCCUUCAACCAGCACAAGCCAUACUUGAUUUUUCCAGGAAACACUCUUUUGGAGGAGACAGCAGGAAAGAGAAAAUUGCCCGAGUCAAAAGGAUCUUAGCGGCAGGAAAGGCAUUGUCGAAUGUUGUUAAAGUUGACCAUAAGACAUUUGCUUUUGAUUUACAACUUAAGAAAUUCACCAUUGGCACAAAUCCUCAAACUUCAGAAGAUCUCAUGCCUAGCUCAAGAUUGGGCAGUCCUCAACCAAUUGCUAGGAAUCAAGAAGUAUAUACUGAAGCUACUUUCAAAGAAGUUGUGCAACCUACUGCCCAAAUACUUAUGGAUGAAGAGGAUGAAGAUGACGAGGUUAUUGUUUUCAGGCCUGCUAUAAAUGAGAAUAGAAGUGAUAUUGUUCCUUCUAAGACAACCAUUCAAAAUGGUGUGGACGGUGGGGGGAAUGCUUUCCUUGGUGAUUCCAAGUAUUACAAGGGUUUGUUAUUGGCUGAAGAAAUUGGUUCUCGUCCACAGGCUGGGUUUGUUUCCAGUUUGCCUAUCAUGCAAAAUUCGCAUCCAACUAAAUUAGAGUCCUCAAUAUGGUCAAUGAACCAGCCAACGUCUCUUGUCAGUGACUUGGAGGUUACAAACUCUUUGGAUAAGGUCAUCAUGAAGCCUGGGGUGCAAGAGACUAUGGCCUUCUCCAACCCUUCUAUGUUUCCGACUCAGUUCCAACAAUCUACCAACGGUAACGUGAGUAACGUACAUUAUAGCAGCAGGGGUUCUGUCCCAUUUCCUGAUGUUAAUCCGACCACUUCAGCUGUAAUUACCUCGACUGCUGCAUUGCCUUCUAGUAUGAGAAAAAGUCCAGUGAAGCGACCUGUUCGACACCAUGGUCCUCCACCCGGCUUUGGUUCUGUUCCUCCAAAAUUAGCAAAUGAGAUUAUAUCUGGGACAAAUGUGGCUGCUGCUGGAAAUCAUCAUCCACUAAUGGAUGAUUAUAGUUGGUUGGAUGGCUAUCAGCCACCAUUGUCAAUGGGAGCCUUAGGUCUUAAUCAAUCUAUUAAUUAUCCAAUACAUUCGAGUGCUCAUUACAACAACUUAGGCUCUAUGAUGAACACACAUUUCCCUUUUCCUGGAAAGCAAGCAGUUACAAAGCAGCAGCAGCAGCAGUUUCCUCCUGUAGAGAAGCAGAAUGGAUGGGAGGAUCUACUUGCCUUUGAUCGUCUGAAAUUGCAGGAACAACUGCAGCAGCCACAGCAACUUAUGAACGGAAGUCAGCAGUUUCAUCCUCCCCUCCAUUCCAUGUGGACAGGAGGACAUUAUCCUGUGUGAACAAUUCAAUGGCGUUAAGAGGUGGUUGAGAAUGAUUGCAGCUGGAUGUUACAGCAUCGUCAUUCUGCUGCUAACCUACUCCAAAUUUGCAGCUUGUCACAAUCAUUUAGUUUUCAUGGAGCAUGAUGGUGUUGAACUAUUUCAGGCUUUUCCUAGUCAAUGAAACGAUGAUCAGAGAGGGGAAAAGUCUUGAGACUUUCUUUUGUGGGGUGCUGUUCAUAGUGAAAGAAGAAGCAACAUAUUGAUUUGGAAGAAUCCUCUAAAAAGCUUAGCUGUUACGGAAUAAGAUAUUUUUCUCUGAAUCCUAAUCUCACAAGGCUCUUCAAUUGGCUGAGGAGCCCUCUUUUCUUGCAUGAUGAUAUUUCUGUGAAAGUUUCCAUGUUCCUUGAUUGGCUUCUUCAGUUCCCUGGGUGUUGUUGCUUAGGUUGUGAUUGUUGAGGAGGGUGUAUAAACUUGACUAAGAUGCUGAGCAAGAUCUCUGAAUAAUAUAUGGCAUGGAAUAAUGUUGAUGUGUGUGUCGUUUAUGGUCCAAUUACGCUAUGAUUAGUUGUUGGUCCUUUGCUUUCUUGAUUUGUUGUUCAACUCUUACUACUUCUCAUUUGGGUUUGUUUAAUAAUGACAUCUACCUACUUGUUGUGGAUUCAAUUUUAGAAAUGUUUUAAUUCUC